AUGAAAGUUGGAAACAAUUAAUCUCUGAAAACAAAAUUCUAAAAAAGAACUAUAAUGUCUUCAGAGAAUUAUCAUCCUCUUGAUCUUUUGCAACAGAUUGAAGAUGAAAGGGGUUCACUCUUGCUGGAGACUUUGAAAGAUCGAAUCGAUUUCCUUAAAAGGGAGUUCAAAUUCCUUGAUAUUUUACUCAGUCUGCAGAACUUCAUACAUGAAAGUUACAUGCUAGAGGUCAUACAGAAAGUGCAAGUUCUGUUUCAGGAGGCUGCAGGAGACGUUGGAAAUCAUGUGUACAGGCUCGAGCACGUUGGUCCAGAUUUUGAUCUCAUGUUCUCUCAAGUGCAAAACAAGAUUUGGACUACGAAGUUGGAAAUUAGAGCUGAAUACUUGGUUCCGGAAAUAUCAUUUCAACUUUCAUCCAAGAAGCGUGGAGUUGUUGCUAAUCCCAUAUUUGUAACGGAAUUCAUCGACAGUGUGGUGGUGAAUCUCAGUGAUAUAAUGAAGAUUUCUGAUUUGCAUUCAUCACAAAUAGAAGAGGUGUUAAAGGAGUUGAAUUUACUGACAACUUUUGUAUGCUUUGUUUCAAACAGAUGCAUAGAGACUCAAAGCCAACAUGAUUUCUUCACUCAUGUUUUAGUUUUGGCUGGCCACGCAGCGAUGAUUCCUUGGUUGUAUUUUCCAUGCCAUGCCAAUGGAGAUCAAGACUCAGCUUUAGAUGAAAUGAAUAUUUUGCUAUCUGAACUCCUGCGAAUGAGAAUUAAGCCCAUUCAACCAUGCAUCCGCAAGAUCUAUGUUGAGGUUCUUCAAGCUUUGAAGUCAACACAAUCACGAUGGUAUCCCGUUAUCCCAAUUGAGUAUGUAGCUGAUUGUGAGGCUAGCUUUGUAAAGAGUCUCCUACACAAUCUGGAAGAGAUAUCAACUACUAGUACCCCAAGUCGAAUAGUUGCUUUAAAAGAUCAAAUGGCAACCCUUCAGGAGAUGAUGAACCUCCUGAGAUCCAAUCUCAUUCCUCUGCCAAUGGAAGAUCUUAUAUUUCAUAUUCAAGAUAUAGACACUAUAAUUGUUGAUGUUGGACUUCUCGUUUACUCGUUAUAUGAUAACGAGAAGGAGAAGGAAGAUGUGACUUUUGAGGAAAUGAAUGAAGCAUCAGUUCUUGAUUUUCCAAGCAACAUUCAGCAUAUCAGGGCAGUGAUCUACCUCAUCAUACGGAAGGCCUUCCAAUCUAAUUUGCCAAGGAUUCAUGGACUAGGCUAUGUCGAUUUUCUUUUAAACAACCUGAAGGAGUUCCAAGGCCGUUACUCAAAUUCACUUGAUUUUGUCAAGAAUCACCUUCAAAGAAUUCAGGACGAACUUCAGAGCGUGCAACUUUUUCUCAAGGAUGUUGCAGAAGAGCGACACAAUAAGCAUGAAAGACUUCAAGAUUGUGCUACAUUAUUGAUUGGAAAAGCAUAUGAGGUAGAAUUCGUGGUUGAUGCCUGUAUAAGCAAAGAAGUUCCCGACUGGUGUCUUGUGCUUUGGUUCAUAGACAUCAUAGAGGAGAUUAUACAUAUCAAGACAGAGAUAAUGCAGAUUCAGGAAAAGAAAAUGGUUGAGUUUGGCAUAGUACUACAUGAUACUACUGCCACUGCUCAUGCAUCAACACAAUUGGCGACGACUCCAAUGAUGAAUCAAGAAAUUGUAGGCUUUGAGGAUGUGAUGGGAGCAUUAAAAGAAAAGCUAAUCAAAGGAUCCAAAGAGCUAGACGUCGUCUCAAUUGUCGGAAUGCCUGGACUAGGUAAGACGACUUUGGCCAACAAACUUUAUUUUGAUGAGCUUGUAAAAUCUCACUUCGAUAUUCGUGCACAGUGCUGUGUGUCUCAAGUGUAUACUCGUAAGGACUUGUUACUAGCCAUUCUGCGUGAUGCUAUUGGUCAUAUCCCUGAUUUUCCUAGACCGCCUAGUGAUGCUGAUGUAGCAGAUAGGCUACGUAAAGUUUUGUUGCCCAAGAGAUAUCUUAUCCUUGUUGAUGACAUAUGGGAAACUACUGCGUGGGAUGAUUUGAGUUCUUGUUUUUAUGAUUCUAAUAAUGGUAGUCGAAUUAUUCUCACCACGCGAGAUCAUGAAGUUGCCGUUUAUGCAAAAUCUGUUAGUGAUCCUCUUCAGCUUCGUAUGUUUAAGGAAGAUGAAAGUUGGAAGUUACUUGAAAAGAAAGUGUUUGGUAAAGAAAGCUUCUCUCCACAUCUCACUGAAGUUGGGAAAGAAAUAGCAAAGAAAUGUGGAAGGCUGCCUCUUUCAGUUGUUCUGGUGGCAGGUAUUCUCGCGAAGACGGAGAAGAAAGAACACUGUUGGAGACAAGUGGCUGCAGAAUUAGGUCCGCACAUUCACAAUGAUUCAAACGACAUUAUAGAGAAAAGUUAUCAGCAUUUACCUUAUCAUCUCCGACUUUGCUUUCUUUAUUUUGGAGCAUUUCUAGAGGAUGAAGAGAUUAAUGUUUUAAAGUUAACACGGUUAUGGAUAUCAGAAGGAUUCAUAAAAAGUUGCAAAGACGAGAAUUUAGAAGAUACAGCAGAAUGUUACUUGGAGAAUCUUAUUGGAAGAAAUGUAGUGACGGAUGUUAAGAGGAGUUCUACUGGUAAGGUCAAAACAUGUAAGAUCCAUGACCUAUUGCUUGAUUUCUGCAAGGAAAGAGCUAGCAAGGAGAAUCUUCUACUAUGGAUAAACAGGAAUCAAAAUGCGAAUCCUUCUUCUUGUAUUUAUUCUGACAAGCAGCUUGCUCAACGUCGCAUGUCCAUUUAUGGUGGGAAGCACGAGGCAUGGAGUUCGUCUUGCUCACUUGUUGGCUCUGUAUUUUACAGAAAUGAAAAAAGUCGCGUUGCAAUUUACCAUGCCUCACACUUUUUUCGCAACUUCAAGUUUGUAAAAGUGUUGGAUUUGGAGUUCAUCUAUAUUGAUUCUAUCCCAACUGAGUUACCUUACUUGAGGUAUUUUGCCGCAACAAUGACUUGUGAUAUAGUUACCUCAUCCAUAGCCAAUCUUGUGAACCUUGAGACGCUGAUACUUAGAUCAUCUGGAAGAAGUUUUUCACUGCCUAUUGCACUUUUGAAGAUAGAUAAAUUGAGACAUCUUCAGACAUACUUCGAAACUUAUUUCACUUCACAUGUUGCAGAGGAAUUACUUGUCAAUAACCCCUCAAAGUUUCAUGGGUGUGAAACUCUUUCCUUUCUACGUUUUUCUCAGGCUGAGGAUAUGGAAUUGAUGUUGAGAAAAGCACCUAAUCUCCGGAAACUGAAAUGUUCAUUGAAUGAUUAUUCCAAAUCGUUCCCUGUCUUGAAUUUGCUGACAAAGCUAGAGACUGUAAAGAUUUACUCCCGAAGGCUUCCAUUCGGAAGAGAUGCAUACAUCUUCCCAUCAUAUCUCAAAAAGUUGACACUAUGCUAUGCCAAAUUGGGCGGUCCUGACGAAUCAAAUAUUGCAAUGCUUCCCAACUUGGAGGUACUAAAACUGAAGUCCAUUGAGUUUUACAAUAAGGAAUGGAAAGUGAGCAAUGAUAUUGAGUACUCUUUCCCUCAACUUAAGGUGUUGAAAAUAGUACAUUGUUAUUGGUUUGACAAAUGGAAUGUCUCCGACGAUGCUUUCCCUUGCCUCGAGCGUUUGGUUUUGUUUGGUUGCAAACGUCUCGAGGAAAUCCCUUCACAUUUCGAAGACAAACCUUCUUUGAAGUCCAUUGAGGUAAAGUGGUGCAACGAAUCCGUCGUGCAGUCAGCUAUGAAUAUCCAGGAAGCACAAGUUGAUUAUAUGCAAAAUUGUGGUUUCAAGAUCUUCAUCAACCAGUAGUGAAUAAUUAUCAGAUUCGUGUCAAUGUGGAAGCAAAGCAAAGGACUUUAAAGCACUAUGUUUUGACUUUGGCUAGAAGGUACUUCUCUGAGCAUGAAUUAGAAGGCUUGAUGACUAUUAUAGAUUGCCAUCUUCAGCACCAGGAGUUUAUGAAGUUAUGGACACUAAAGGUUAGUUUAAUUGAUUUUACUCUAGUUAUUGCCCGGUUUCUUUAAGUGAAGAGCAUGUUAAAAUCACUCGAAUUAAAACUCUUAAAAUGUAAGUGCUGCUAGUCAAAUGCAAUGGUUUCAAGC